AAAUGGGUAACUAUUUGACAGCUCCGUGCUCCGGUCCUUCGGGCGCCUCGUGGUGUAAUGUUGGUCGAGGUCGUCCGCAGCAUGAGCUUGAGAUUGACAUCGACUCUGCCGAAGACUACAGCCCAGCGAGAGAUCGCCGCGAUGAAAAAGCGAAGCGGAGAAUGGCAAGGGAGCAGCGUGACAAUUACUCUGAUAGAGACUCAUCUAGAAGAUCACAUCGGCGGAGGCGUCAAAGUUGUAAUACGUCGGAUGGUGCGAGUGCGUCGUCAAAGCGCGGCUCGAGGGGACGUCGCGGCGCGAGCGGGAAAGCCGCGCCUGAUUUGCUGCCUUCGAUCGAGGGUGGGACAGAGGACUUUACCUCUUCCGUUGAGGACAGAUACUACUAUCGAAAUGAGGCCGAACGGGACCACUAUAGUGAGAAUGAUCUCAGUUCAGGAGCUGAAGAGGAAAUAGAACGGCUUAAACGCGAGCGCCGAAGGGAAACAAGAAAGGCGCGAGAACUCGAACGGGAGAUGAAAGCUUCGAAGAGACGUCGCAGUGGAGAGGAACGGCGCGCCCAUAGACGAAGUAGAGAACAGCGUGAUGAAGUCGCACGAAAAGAAGAACGGACCGUGUUUAGAAGCGAUGGGAACAAUGGUGAUUUAGGGAGUCGGUCGGGUGGAAGCCGCGUCGGGUCUAAGGAAACUACCACCGCUGGCAAUACUUCGAAGCACGGUGGCACCUCUUCUAGAGAAGAUCGUCCCUCGUCUUCUCGAGAAGAUGCAACAAGUUGUGCAACGUCAGUUCGUCGAACUUUCUCGAAAGAUCCGAGGACUGUUAAGGACUUGUUUCCAACACUGAACCCGCACGUUCGUAAACGGGCGCUAGAUCGAAUGGCUCCGGGCCAGGCUGAGCAUUUACUGCGAUUUGCACGGCUAAUCGAGAAACGGCAGAUUCUACAUCAAAAUCUCGAAUUACGUCUGAACGUACUCAGACAACAGCACUCGGCUGGUGGAGUUGACGUGAGCAAGGAUGGGGAGCAGAAGACCUGGACAAAUGUGGCCACGAGUAUUAUCACUGCGCAGUACAAUGACCAGCUGAGAGGGAGCUCAAGUGAGGGGUCUGCUACUUGGCAAUCUGCAUCAGCGGGAGCGACAGCUGCAGCAGCAAGCAAACAGGCAUCUUCAACACUGGCGGAGCCACCACAGUCGCCGGCUGAGAAGGUCGCGGAUAUGGCUCAGGCCUGUAAAUUGAGCCUAGAUCUUUGCAAGGAGGUUGCCGCCUUGGAUCCUGCACUUGCAGACCAGUACCGCGUGCAAUUUGCAGAUUCCGGGACCGUGCAGGACGAAGACGACCUGUUCCUGUUCCCAAAGCUGCUUGUGGAUCUGAACUCCAGUGCCGGGCCCUUCUUUCCGCUCCGCAAGUUCUACCUUGGUUCUGCGGGCGUAGAUGGCAUGGUCGCCGACCUUUUAGACAGCUUCAACGGGUUAGACUGUUGCUGUCUGCGGUUUUUGAGGGUUUUCCACUGGGACGAUGAGUUAGCCUUGGAACGUAUGACAGCUACGGCGUUAUGGCGAGCCACAUGUGUGGCGAAGCGCGUGUUAGCCUUUCAAGAAGUGCCGCGGAAGAUGCAGGCGGCGGCGGGCGGGUCUCACCGGGAGCGCCUCCGGCACCGGCACCAAGAGCGGCAACACCAAGCUCACGCUCAGGCAGCUGUUGGAGCGAUCAGCAAAUGGUACGCUGUGCGGUACGGCGAUCAACCUAGUAGUGCCACUGGGACCCUCACGAAAAGCGAUUCCAAAUCUUCGUCCUCGAAAAACGCACAACACGCAGUCACCCGCCGCUUUCAGGCCGAUCUGGAGGCAGAUAGCAUGGUUUUUCGCAACGACUUCACGGACUUGUUAAAUAGUCGCCACCACUUUGCAGUUACGAACUUCAACCUUCUCGCGAAUCCGAACGACCCGACGCUUCCACGGGAAACCAAUUCAUCAUCCACGGGUGGCAUCAGUGCAGCCUCCACUGCAACAGGCGGUGGACCCUGUUCGUCAUCGAGUGCAACAGAGUCCAACUACUCCGCUGGAGGUAGCCAUGGAAGCAAGAAGUCGAGGACGGAUAAGGAGCUGCUUGGAGGAAAUAACAUGCUAGUGGAACAACAAAUUCCUAGAUUAGCUCUUUCAAACGUCCAGGAUGGUGGAUCAUCACUGCCUUUGUUACGCGCGCCGGAUGGGUCGCCUAUUUUCUAUGCGAAAGUAAUCUAUUUUUUGCGUUCUGUGAAGGGAGUGCACGACGAGUUUUCCCACGACCAAAAUGUGGAGUGCUAUAUCACGGAUUGCAUGAGGCGCGAACGCGUCUCGAAGCAGUGCCGCUCGUUGGGCCCGACAGCGGUCUGGGACUGUGCGGGGACGCGUUUGACCGAAGCUUUGUGGCUCGUUGCGAAACUGGCGCAGUAUGGCCGCAUUGUUGCGGAGAACGGCGCGCGACACUACCCUGAUGGCAUCUGGAGGAUCCUGAUCAUCAACGCGCCCAGUUUCAUCAGCUACGGGAUGGAGAUGGUGGAUCGGUUCCAGAUGGUCACGAGGCAGAACAAGGAAGGCAUGGUGAUCGCGCGCGAAGGGGCGGAAACACGACACUGUCUUGAAAAAUUCUGCACCGAGGAAGGAUGGCGCAAGGAACGUGAAUUUAUGAGAGAGCUGGCAAGAGCUUCAUCUGGGGCCCAGCAGAGCACCGCACAGUUGUCAAUAGAGGGGUCCUCAACCAUCGCUUCAGCACGAGAACAACACAUACAAGAAGAGCAAGAUCAUGUGUCUUACGCUUCGUGCAAAACGUAUGACGACCUGAUGAGUAAGAUAGAGGCUCUUUGGGCAGAUCAUGAAAAAGGAGAGCGCAUUUGGAAGCGACCGGUUUUCGCUGAGAAACUCGGAGAGGCAGAUUCAGGAAGCGAUGACGUCUCCGAUCGCGACCAAUACGGUUCUGUGGAUGACGGCGCGGGGGAACUAGAGGACUGGUCACAGUUACCUCCGCUCGAGACGCCACGAGAACAACAUCAUGGGCACGACGUCGGCCAUACGGGACAACAUAGCGUGCAUGGUGACGAACAAGAGGACAAAAAUGUCAACACUAGCGAUUUCGAUGUUGAGGCAACGAGCGCGAUGACCGAGUUUUCUUUUCACGAUUGCGAUGAGCACCAUGAUCUGCAUCGUGAGCAAGGCUCUGCAGCGUCCUUAGAUUCUGGAACUUCCUUUGUGUCUGCCGUUCCAAGGCGCGUCAACUUCGAAGAGGCAGGUACUGGCAGCUCGGAAGAAUCCCAUAAGGAAGCAGCAAGCAGCAGAACGAGCAGCUCCACCUCUGAGAGGUUGUCCUCUAUACCGAAUGAGUGCCUUCCAUCCGAAACCCUUCUCAGCGAGAGGGUGGAAAGUCGACGUAGCAGACCAAGAAGACACAAUAACGAAAGAUGAAAUGAUAACUCAAUAAAUGCCCAUGAUUUAUAUCAUCGGAUUCGAAAUCGAAUUAUUCACAUCUAGUACUUUCACUUCCAUAUCCAUACGUCAUUUAAGUUUUUAAAAAAUCCUAGUCAAUAAUGCGAAUGAGACUCGUUAGUAUGAUUUAGAUUUUCCUGCUGUUCGUGGUUCAUAAAAAUGAGCGAGCCACAUUCUAUUCCUAUCAGUACAUACGAUACUACGCGCAUUGAAAAUGAAAUGAUUAUCUUCGAUGAUACAUCAAUAUAAUCAAGC